CCGCCCAGCAGCACAGAGCGGCAUGGCAACGGCGAGGAGACGGGGUGGAGGGGAGAAGGUGUGGUGGGGGGUGACAGUCUAACCGGACCAGAGAGAGAGAGCAGCAGCAGCAGCAGCACUAUCCCCCCCACUCCUCGCUGACUGAACCAAACGCACCGUGCGGGUACCUCGGCCAGCCAGCGCUCACACACACUGGUAAAAACGAUGCACCACCACCGCCGCUCCGCACACUCGCUGCCGCUGACCAGGUGUUGGACCAGAGGACGGGGACGUCGUUAACGUGACAGAAGAUCCAACUUGUAUGUAUGUGCAGUGCGCUCUUCUCCCCGGUCCCGUACACAGACGAUCGAGAAGAUGCUGAGCCGACUGAUGAGCAGCAGCAUCAGGAGUCUGGACAGGGAAUGCAACUGCACUGUGAGGCUGCUGGACGACUCGGAGUACACCUGCACGAUCCAGCGCGAUGCCAAGGGACAGUACCUGUUCGACCUCAUUUGCCACCAUCUCAACCUGCUGGAGAAAGACUACUUUGGCAUUAGAUAUGUUGACCCAGACAAACAGAGGCAUUGGUUGGAGUUUACAAAGUCAAUUGCCAAACAAAUGAAAUCCCAGCCUCCAUUCACCAUGUGUUUGCGUGUCAAGUUUUACCCACCUGACCCUGCUGCCCUAAAAGAGGAAAUCACCAGAUAUCUUGUCUUCCUGCAGGUUAAGAGGGAUCUCUACCAUGGUCGCCUCCUGUGUAAGACAUCAGAUGCUGCUCUGUUGGCUGCCUACAUAUUACAAGCUGAAAUUGGUGACUACGACCCCGGGAAACACCCAGAGGGCUACAGCUCCAAGUUCCAGUUCUUCCCUAAGCAUUCAGAGAAGUUGGAGCGGCGGAUUGCUGACAUCCACAAGACUGAGCUGAUAGGUCAGAGUCCUGAAACGUCAGAGCUUAACUUCCUCCAGAAGGCUCAGAUGCUGGAAACAUACGGAGUGGACCCUCACCCAUGCAAGGAUGUGUCUGGCAACCCAGCUUUUCUGGCUUUUACUCCUUUUGGAUUCACUGUGCUGCAAGGAAAUCGGAGGAUCCAUUUACUCAAAUGGCGAGAAGUGACCAAACUCAAGUUUGAAGCAAAGACAUUCCAUAUAUAUGCAAAUCAGAAGGAGGAUAAGAAGAUCAUACUGACAUACUUUGCACCUACACCUGAGGCCUGUAAACAUCUGUGGAAGUGUGGCGUCGAGAACCAGGCCUUCUACAAGUUGGAAAAGUCGAGUCAAGUCCGCACUGUGUCCAGUAGUAAUCUGUUCUUCAAGGGUAGUCGCUUUAGAUACAGUGGAAAGGUUGCAAAAGAGGUAAUGGAACAAAGUGCCAAAAUUAAGAGAGACCCCCCUGAGAUACACAGAGCCGGUAUGGUGCCAAGUAGGAGCUGUCCAUCCAUUACCCACGGCCCUCGUUUGACCAGUGUGCCCAGGACCCGACGGAGAGCUGUGCACAUCUCCAUCAUGGAGGGUCUGGAGUCCCUACGAGACAGCGCCCACUCCACGCCUGUGCGCUCUGUCUCCCACGGCGACUCCUUCAUGUCUUCUCGGGGCCAGAUGGUGGACGGCAGCGAGGCGAGCACAUCAGGAGUCAUCUCAGACGAGGCCUACAGCCCCUCAGACAGCGUGCUGCCAACGCCCGUAGCAGAACACGGGAUGGAGAUGCCUUUGGCCCGUCACCUCAACGGGGCUCCCUGCAGCGUCGAUGAGGAGAAGGAUUCAGAGGCGGGUGCAUCAAAGGAGGGGCAGGGGGUGGAUUUGACUUCCGGCAGGAGAGCACUGCGUAUGGUCAGGAGCAGGCCGUCACCACCGAGCGACGUAGAGGAGCUGAACAAGUUCAUCCUGAGCGUGUUGCGUCUGUUCCUGGUUACCAUCGGACUGCUGUUCGCCCUGCUGCUGCUCCUCAUCAUGCUGACAGAGUCAGACCUGGACAUUGCCUUCCUGAGAGACAUCCGCAAGACACCUGAAUUCCAGCAGUUCCACUUUGAAUACUUCUGCCCUCUGCGGCGCUGGUUCGCCUGUAAGUUACGAUGGAUGGGGGGUUUCCUCAUCAGCAAGUGAGGCAAAGUGAAAGGUGACUGAAUUACAUAGGAUAGGUCUCCACGGAUGGAGACGGGGCACAUACAACAGAUGGGUCAGGAGAGGGGUUGGGGGGCGAGAAGAAAGGAUAAAGGAUUGCAGCCCUGUUUCCAAUAUCAACUCAGCUUCUCCCAGGAAGGAGUUCAUGUCACAAGCCACGGACUGUCCCCUGAAGAGCCUUGUUUAUUAUGUUUGACCAUCACUGCGAGGAAAGGAAAUCACAUUUUACUUUGGAUAUUCAGGUCAUUUCAAGGCAUUUUAUUUUUACACAAAAUCACAGUAACAGGGUUUAAUUUAAACACUGAAAGGGACAAAGUCUGGCAGACUUCACUUAUUCAACCACAGAAAACAGUUGCCUUUAUUUUUGUAUUAAUUUAUAUGUUGCCACAUUACUGUAAGACAGGACAACCUGAUGUGUUUGGGUGUGUGUUGUGUGAGCUGAGAGUCUGGGGAGUGGAGGGGUCAUCUAAUUGUCAUAUUUCAAAGCCAACAACAACACUCUAUAUGAUACAAUUUUACUGUGGUCACUGCUUUGAGAUUGAAGACUUGAAGAGUUGAAACUGGGGGUUAGAGAAAGUGUGAAAAAAGAAGAACGAGCAGCACUAAAUAUAGGCUAUAUCAGUUCUGAGUCAAAUAAUAUUUGCAAAUAUUAAAGUUUUAUGAAUGUUUUAGUGACACAAAUGUGAGUGUUAUAUCAGUCACAGGAAAGACAAGGAAAAUUAAUUUAGCACACUUUUAAGUGAUUGACAACUUUACUGACUUUCCAUAACUGUCCUAAUGUGGUGUUAAAUAAUUAAUUUGACCCAGGAGUGAUGCUAGUGCUGCCCUGUAGAAGGCUUGAGUAAUUUUUUUUGUAAUAAGUGUGGUCAGAUGUCCAUUAACAGUGUGCUCACAUUACGAUUUCUGUCAAGCCACUAGAGCACCAAUAACAUUUUAUUUUCCAAUGAUAUAAAUUAAGGAUAUAAGUAAGUAAUGGAGUUGGUAGGUUUACUGAUUUUACAACAUAGCAGCCAAAUAAUGCUAAUAGCUACAAUCAACUUCUGUGUGUAAGGAACAGUUGUCACUUUGCUGUAGUUACUUUUACAGUAGUCGUAAAGGCGAUGGGACUAUGUGAGCUAGCCCUGUAGUGAUAGUGAAGUGUUUGGUUAGCUCUUUGACUCCCUCACUCUGUAGGAGGAGUUUAUCUUGAUGUGCAAUACUGUUAAUAUACAAAACCCAAGAUCCUUUCCAUUAAGGGAAAUUUGACUUUGUUUUACCUUUGUAAAGUGAACAAAUUAGUGCUAUUUUCCCCGCAUAUAUGGUUAAGAGAGCUCGUUUUUAGACCUGUGUUGAGUGAAGGUCAUAUAACUUUGUUUAGUCCUGCUGUGUUAAAAUUUAUGCAUUCAUCUGUAAAGGCUGAAUAUAUUUAAAUCACGUUUCCAUUUUUGUACAAACUGAUGUGUCUUUAACACAUGGAGAUUUCCUCACAGUGACUUUUAAUGGACUUGAAGCAUUAUUUUUUACAGUGAUAUAGUUUUCAGCCUCCUGCUUACAAGACCACCUAAGAUAAGUCAUGUUUACGUCCUACUGCAAUCUUCUUCGUCACACCUACCAAAGAAACCUCUGUUGUCUGAUACUUCUGUCAGUUUGCAUCAACAGACGGAAACUCUGAUAGUCUGCUGACCUUCUCCAGCCUUAUUACGUAGCUAUACGUAAUUUCACAGUUUAGCCUGCAGUGCGUCUUUACAGCCCAACAUCAUCAUUUAAAACCUUAAAGUCAAUUUGGGACACUUAACUAUUGGUCCUCUUAACAACCCUACAAGUAGUAUAUUAGGAAGCUGUGUGUCAGUGGUAAUUACAGACUGAUCAGCAGCAAACUGAUGUAUUAUUUAUGCAACAAGAGAAGUGGUUUAGGAAGGUGAUUGGCUAUGUAGGAUAUGUAGGUGCCUAUAGGCAGUUUGGAAAGGUACUGUAUUAAUAUUCAAAUCUUUCUUUAAAAAAUCCACAAGUUGAAAGUUAACACACAAACAGUAAGAAUCCCUUUAGUAUUAAAUACCUAGGCUUUAAAUGUUCAUUUUAUUUUUGUACAGUAUGGAUAUUUUUAAAUUCAGAAAGCCUCAUGCUAAGACUUGAAAGACUACCGAUGUAUUUGCUUUAACUCAGAUGGUGCUCGUUGGUUUUUGAUUGAUGUUAGAUGAAAUGUGAUUGUGUAUGAGGGGAAAACGCAGGUUGAGACAGAAAGUUACUUCCAAUAAUUCGUAUUUUAACGUCUCAUUUUAUGUUCAUAUGUAUGAAAAACUAAACAUAAUUUGAGCAAUAAAUACAGAUAAUGUAAUGAACAUUAACCAUAAACUGCACACUAAUGUUAGUCUCCAUCUUAUAGACUCAAAAGUCAAAGCAAAAAGCCUUUGGAAUCCCCUCAUAAGGCCUGUCGAUGCAUGUGUGAAGGUGCCCACUGUUACAGAUUACCCAGUGUCAAAGAUACUUCUCCAAAAUAUCUAUUGUCAAAAGAAAACAUUUUCAUAUAAAUCCUGUUGGAUUGUUGCCUAAUUCUACACCGCUCAUCCUUGACUCAAUUUAUAGAAAGAGUAAGCUAUCCUGUGAAAGUACAUGUAAAUGAACUGAAUCUGAUCUGAUCCAUUUUUGCUUGAACAGGUUUUACCACAAUGAAAGUGGAAGGAUUUUUAUUUUUAGCCCAUCUUAACAGCAGAAGUAGCAUAUUUAACUACCUGAAUCUUUCUUUUGCAAUGCAGCUCAAUAUAUUUCCUUUUUUUUUGUAUUGCUAAAAUCUGUUUUAGAUCACUGGCAGUGAUAAAAGACAGGUGACAGCUCCAUUGACACUUGUACUAAUUUUACUGAAUUGUUUAAACAGGAAUAAGGCCUUAGAUAGGGUCUUACUGUAAGCUUCCUUCCUAUACCAUGGAAAUGUCUCUGUAAGCAUGUGUACUGCAUUUAUUACCUCCAAACAAGACUGCUUAUUUCCAAUCACUGACUGAAGAUUGGUGUAAUCUAUUUAUGAAUAAAUAUAAUCUAUUCUUGACAUCUGGCAGCUAGUCUGGCUACAAGUUCAAUCUUUAAUUCACAGAAAGAACAGCCCAGAUUGGCAGCUUCUUAAAUUUUUCCAGCAUGUCCCUAGUUGAAAACCAUAGACCGUAUCACAACGCUGCCAUCUUAAGGUGGCACACUGCCACUGCUGAAAUUAAUAGCAUUCACACUCAAAAUGUUUGGUAUAAAAAGUCUCUAUUUAUUCCAUUUGCUUCCGGUGCCACAAAUAAAAAAAACAUGAAAAAAAUCAAAGACAAACAGGCGCUUUUCACUGCCCAAACGGUUUGGCUGUUUCAAAUUAACUGCGCCACAAACAAACAAUUCAGAGGGAACCCACUUUGGAAAUUGCUUGGGUUCAUUAAGACAUUUUGAGUAUAACAAAUUACAAAUGAGAUACCAGAGAAGUAAACAGCCGA